UUAAUGCUAAAGUCUUGUGUUUUAUAUUUACUAGUUAAACAGGAGAAAACAAAUAUUUUUAAUUGUUAGACAACACCCAAACAUAUGGAAUUGUACGGCUGUCGGAGUUCACCGAACGAUUAACGGGAUUUACCGAAAACUUAGUAUUCACGAAAACCAACGGUACCAUGCGACGGAACAAGUUGAUACUUAUGUUUCUUUGUUUGAUGUGUGUUAUUAUCGUUAACAUAAACAACAUGAUGACAUCCGUAUCACACGAGUCGGACUCUUUAUUUGAGAAAUCUGAGUCACAAACCGGUGACUAUUGGAGAAACAGUUUGCUACUGGACGUUAGAUUCGGGAAUAAAAUUCCAAUGGAAAAACAAUUGUUUACUAACAACCGAGUCAAAGAAAGAAGUAGUGCUGUCCAAGACAACACUGUUCGAGUUAAUGAAGUAGACAAGAUACUGCAUAAUGAUGUAGGAUACAGAAUUAACGAAAGUAACGAAAGUAACCCGGACAAAUAUAUUCUCAACGUGCACCCGCGAAAUGAGACUGUUCACAAAGCAGACGACACUAACCGGAAGUCCGGUGAUACUCAAAGUGUUGAUCAGAACGACGAAUUUCCGCCAUUUGUGCCUUGGAAUCCAGAUGAUGGAAUAGGAGAAAAUAACCAACCCUGCUACAUGGACCCGAAGGAACUUUCUGCGCAUGACAGGAAGUUAUAUGAUGAAGGCUUCGCCAAAAACUCUUUCAACCAGCUGAUUAGCGACCGGAUAUCGGUAACGCGAAGAUUACCCGACAUUCGUUCACCAGUAUGCAAAUCCCGAAUAUACACGGACUUGCCCGAGGCUAGCGUGAUCGUAGUUUUUCGGAACGAAGCUUGGUCGGUACUACUGCGCACAGUUCACAGUAUUCUGAACCGAGCUCCGCCACGUCUAAUUAAAGAAAUCAUUCUUGUCGACGAUUAUUCCGAUUAUGACUUUCUGAAGGAGCCGCUGGACAGGUACAUGAAGAAGUUGGACAAAGUUCGGAUUCUGCGCACUGAGAAGCGCGAGGGGUUAAUUAGAUGCAGGCUUUUGGGGUACGGCGUGGCGCGCGCUCCGGUGCUCGUCUUCCUGGACUCGCACAUCGAGUGUUUCCCAGGUUGGCUUGAACCUCUGCUGGCUCCAAUUCACGAGAACCCGAUGACAUCCACGGUUCCAGUGAUUCAGCAAAUUAAUACAAAUCAUUUUAAAAUAUCUACAACAGAAGGACAGGCUGUGGGAGGUUUCGACUGGAAUGGCCUCACCUUUACCUGGGACUGGAAUCUGAAAAGACUCCGCUAUGUCAUGAAGUCUCCCACAAUGCCCGGUGGAUUGUUUGCCAUUGACAAAAAAUAUUUCACUAAACUCGGAACAUACGAUCCAGGUUUAGACUUUUGGGGAGCUGAGAACUUAGAGCUGUCGUUCAAGGUUUGGAUGUGUAAUGGCAGUAUAGAGAUAGUACUAUGCUCUCACAUAGGUCACAUCUUUCGUGUUAAAAAUCCUAAUAAGUGGCCGGAAGCUAAAACCGGAAAUCGUCUGCCAGUGACAAUCGCAAACGCAUUUCGAGUGGCAGACGUGUGGAUGGACGAAUACAAGGAAUACGUAUUUGAACGCUUCCAGAUGAAGGGUGACUAUGGAGACGUGUCCGAGAGAAAGAAACUUCGUGAGAGUCUGCACUGCAAGAGUUUCGACUGGUACAUGAAGAACGUUAUGCCUCACAAAAAAAUUCCCAACGACACCGUAUAUUCAGGGGAGAUUCGAAGUGUAGGGUUCGCCGAAUACUGUGUUGACAGCAUGGAAAAAAAGGAUAAGAAACCGGCACUGUUUGGAUGUCACGGACAGGGAACCAAUCAGUUUUGGCAGAUCACAAAAACAGGACAGAUACGCCAGGAGCCCACAUUUCUGUGUGUUGUCAGAGGGGACAUAAGGAAACAGGGCAGUGAGUGUGUUACCAGGAACAACCAGCCAGUGUGGAAGUAUAUGCAGGAUGGAUCACUACUGCAUUACGAAUCAGGGAUGUGUCUCAAAGCGAACAAGGAUAAAACACUCACAGUAGCAAAGUGCGACAACUCUGUCGAACAAAGAUGGAUUGCUAAAAAGAAGAAAAAACAUACCAGAACUAUAUCCGAUGGAACAUUAUGACGAACAUUUUAUCAUUUAUUUUCCAGUUAAUUUAUGUUUUUGAAUAAAAACAAUUUGAAAUCA